AUGACUAAACUCUCGAAAGAAUUUCCCCUAGAUACGAUUACCGAAAAAUGCACACAUGUUCCAACUUGGUGUUUAAAGUGUUUAAUAUUCCAUCUGCAAAGAGGAAAUACGCCUAAUGAAACAAGGUGUCCAGAAUGCCCAGCUCAACUAAGUCAAAGCGAAAUAAAUGGAUUUAAAAUCGCAUGGGAAAAAGCACCAUUCAAAAUAGACAUUGAAAGUUUAUUUAAAAAUUCACGUGCAAAGAAUACAGAUAAUAAUAAUUUAUUGAACGAUCCAGCAACUCAAAAAGGAGAAUUUUUUGUUGUUUUGCUAAGUGGGGAUAAGUAUUCACUGAAACUUGAAGAGAUACAAUCAGUUAGAGCUUUGAAAGCAGAAUUGACCAAAAGGAUAAAAGUUGACGGUUCGAAACAAAAAUUAUUACAUAAAGGAGUUGAAUUGCAAGUCCGUCAACAAAAUGGACAAGGAGAAAAUAAACUUUCUACUUAUGGAAUUAGAGCUGGUGAACACAUUCAACUUAUCGUUACGAUGUAUGCUAUAUCCAGAGAUGAAACUAUUAGCAAUUUGUCAUUUGAUCUGUAUUGGGGGUAUCCAAUGAGGGGAAAAGAUUAUCUUGAUGGAACUUGUUUAUUAUAUAGCGGAAAAGAUUUUUGGAAGAAAUAUGAUUAUAAGGAAAGAUUCGAUCCAAUUCAUCCGUAUAUAAAACACUCAGGUGAUGUCAUGGAUGAUCCUAAUAGACGAGGUCAUCAUCGAAUAACGAUCAAAUUAGAUAAGCUUCCAGAUGUGGUUAACAAGCUCUACUUUGUUCUCAGUGCUUGGAAAUGUCCGCAUAUUGGCGAUUUUAUAGCACCAAGUUUUAAAUUGUACGAUGAAGAGUCAUCUGAUAAGAAACAAUUAUGUAAUUAUACAAUCCAAACUGCUGCUAAUUCCCAGGCGGUAAUAAUGUGUGCUGUUAUAAAGAAAGAUGAUGGUUCUUGGGACGUUCUGGAAGUUGGUCGUGUUUCUAACGGCAAUGCUAAAGAUUAUAGUCCUAUUAAACGAGCAAUUCUGGAAUUAAACUUAGAUAAUAUGUAUUAA